AUGAUCCCCAUCCACCUACUCAUCCUACCCAUCGUCCCUUCCCAUCCCAACCAUGAUCGCCAUCCAUCUAUUCAUCAUCCUCCUGCUCCUCCUUCCCAUCCCCACCAUGAUCCCCAUCCACCUACGCAGCAUGCUCCUCCUGCUCCUCCUACCCAUCCCCACCCUCAUACGCAUCCACCUACUCAUCCUCCUCCUGCUACUCCUACCUAUACCCACGAUAAUCCCAAUCCACCUAUUCAUCCUCCUUCUGCUCCUCCUACCCAUCCCCACCAUGAUCCCCAUCCACCAACUCUUCAUGCUUCUGUUGUUCCUACCCAUUCCCACCAUGAUACCCAUCCAUCUAUUCAUCCUCCUCCUGCUCCUCCUAUCCAUCCCCACCGUGAUCCGCAACCACGUACUCAUCAUACUCGUGCUCCUCCUACCCAUCCCCACCAUGAUCCCCAUUCACCCACUCCUCAUCAUUCUGCUCCUACUAUCCAUCCCCACCAUAAUCCUCAUCCACCUACUCAUCCUCCUCCUCCCCAUCUCCACAGUGAUCCCUAUCCACUUACUCAUCCCCACCAUGAUCAGCAUCCACCUACUCAUCCUCCUACUACUACUCAUCCCCACCGUAAUCCCCAUCCACCUACUCAGCAUGUUCCUCCUGCUCCUUCUACCCAUUCCCACCAUGAUCUCCAUCCACAUACUCAUCCUCAUCUUCCUCCCCAUCCCCACCAUAAUCCCCAUUCACCUACUCAUCAUUUGCCUGCUCCUUCUACUCAUUCCCACCAUGAUCCUCAUCCACCUAUUCAUCCUCCUCCUACUCCUCCCCACCGUAAUCCCCAUCCACCUACUCCCCAUCCACCAUGCUCCUCCUGCUCCUCCUCCCCAUCCCAACCAUAA